AUGAAUUUCACAAAUUGCACCACUGAAGCCAACGUGGCUGCGAAGCCAAAAACAGUAACUGAAAAGAUGCUCAUUACCCUGACCUUGGCCACAAUCACAACCUUGACUAUGCUGCUGAAUUCUGCUGUAAUUGCAGCAAUCUCCACAACCAAGAAGCUCCACCAACCGGCAAAUUAUUUAAUAUGUUCACUAGCUGUGACUGAUCUCCUUGUUGCUGUUCUUGUCAUGCCCUUGAGCAUCACUUACAUAAUGAUAGAUAAAUGGACUUUGGGAUACUUCAUCUGUGAGAUCUGGCUUAGCGUCGACAUGACCUGUUGCACAUGUUCAAUCCUUCAUCUGUGUGUCAUUGCUCUGGACAGGUACUGGGCAAUCACAGAUGCUAUCGAAUAUGCCAGGAAAAGAACGCCAAAGAGGGCUGGGCUGAUGAUAGUCACCGUGUGGACUAUCUCCAUUUUCAUCUCAAUGCCCCCUUUGUUUUGGAGAAAUCACCACAGCAUCAGUAUUCCCAGCGAGUGUCGCAUUAAGCACGACCAUGUCGUCUACACUAUUUAUUCCACAUUUGGGGCAUUUUACAUCCCCUUGACUUUGAUCCUGAUCCUGUACUACAGAAUUUACCAUGCUGCAAAGAGCCUUUACCAAAAGCGGGGUUCAAGCCGCCACCUCAGCAACAGGAGCACCGACAGCCAAAACUCCUUUGCCAGCUGCAAGCUCACACAGACAUUCUGUGUCUCGGACUUCUCCACAUCUGACCCAACCACGGAGUUUGAUAAAAUCAAUGCAUCUGUGAGGAUCCCUCCUUUUGAGAAUGACUUGGACCUGCCUGGUGACCGGCAGCAGAUCUCCACGACACGGGAACGAAAGGCUGCUCGCAUUCUGGGGCUGAUUUUAGGUGCUUUCAUUUUGUCCUGGUUGCCCUUUUUCAUCAAGGAGCUGCUUGUGGGCCUCCACAUUUGCACUGUCUCUCCAGAAGUAGCAGACUUCUUGACCUGGCUUGGAUAUGUCAACUCCCUUAUCAACCCUUUGCUGUACACUAGCUUUAACGAAGAUUUCAAGCUGGCCUUUAGAAAGCUCAUCAGGUGUCGAGAACAUACUUAA